AUGCAGCAGUGCAUUAAGCCGCUGCCGUUGGGUCUCUUCAACACGGUCCUCUGGCUCCUCUCCACUCGCCACGGCACGCUGCUGCUGGCGGGACGGACGGCCUUCGCGGGGGGAACACCAUUCCCCCAGCCCUUCACGAAGCUGUCGCCGCAGGCUCGGGAGGCUAUGCUGCUGCGAUGGUCUGUCAGCAGUAACUUUGUGCUGCGGACGGUGUUCAAGGUGGGGAGUCAGAAGGGGGUUGAUGAAGGCGGCACAGACCUUCCGCAGCUUGACGCUCUUCCAUAUGGGCGCGCAGCUCAGCAAUCCGACAGCGGCGAGGGGGAAGCUGGGCGUGAUGAAGGAACGGCCGGAGGGGGUGGUGGUGGUGGGUGUGAGCAGGGAGGAGGGGAGGGCAGGCCACUAGACGAGGCGGUGGUGGACUGUGCAGCAGAGGGGGAGAGGCUGGCAGCAGUGCUGCAAGGGAAGGGCGUGGAGGUGCUAGAGGGGUCAAGACGGACAAAGGGGUUGCUGAGCAGGAAGAAGGAGGGGGAAGGAGAGCCUGUGGUGGUGCGGUGUGACGCGGUGGUGAUCGGUUCUGGCUGUGGAGGAGCCAUCAUUGCAGCUCAGCUCGCAGAAGCAGCAGCAGCAGCAGCUGCUGGUGAUGAUGCUGCUGGUGCAGAUGGCAGCAAGCGGCAGAGGAAGGUGCUUGUGUUGGAGGCAGGGGGAUAUUUCUACCGAUCGGACUUGUCUCUUCUCGAAGCACCCUCUGGUGCUCAGCUGUGCGUUGUGGUACCUUCCUCUCUCUUUCCUGUGCCAUCCAUCCCUUUCGCUCUCCCCCCCCCCCUUAAAUCGACCCUGUUCAUGCUUUGUGGUAAUGGCUUGCUGCUCUGCCACAGAAAGCACCUCCUGGGCUCUGCAUGCAACACAUCAGGCCACCUCCUGCCGUCUUUCCUCCCCAUCGCUGCUUCCUCUCUCCCUCCCUCUUUUCGAGGCUUUCUCACCACGGAGGAUGGUGGGGUGGGGCUGCUGGCAGGGAGGGCAGUGGGCGGCGGCAGCACGAUUAACUGGUCUGCGUCCUUCCGCACACCGCCCCAUGUCACCAAGGAGUGGGCCAAUGAGUAUGGGCUCAAGGCCGUUCUUCCCACACCCGCAUCGUCCUCCUCAGCACCCCACUUCUUCUCAAUCCCAUUGCUCUUCCCCCCUCGUCUCAUCACUCCCCUCGACCCAACCCCCUCUUCCCAUCACUCUCCCUCCGCUCAACCCCUCUCAGGCGGCUGGUGCCACUUUGGGUGCUGGUCGGGCGAGAAGCAGUCUAUGCUGGAAACCUGGUUACCAGACGCGGUUACCCACGGCGCCCUCAUCCUCUCCCGCUGCGCCGCCCUGCGCCUCCUCCUCUCCCCCAACCGCCCUGCCAGCACCGCCUCUUCUGCAAGCAGCAGCACUGCUGGCGGCGGGCGGAAGAAGCGGGUGGUGGGGGUGGAGGCGCGGGUAGAGCGGGGAGAAGGGGUGGCUCAGCGGCUCGUGGUGGAGGCCAACUUGCACCCGGGUCUGCUGGGCUGCGCCCUCCCCUGGCUGGGCAGUCGGGCCAUCAAGAAGACUUUCAUACGCUUUGACCGCACCGCCUCACUCAUCGCCAUUGUCAGGGACCGCGGGCGCGGUACCGUGGGCGUGGACGGCAGCGGGCGGCCUGUUGUGACGUAUCAGCUUUGCAAGGAAGACCAGAAGAGCAUGCAGGAGGCCCUCCUCCUCUCUCUGCGGAUUCUGAGAGCAGCGGGAGCAGUGGAGGUGGGUACCCUGCACCAGUCACUCAAGCCCUUUCGCUGCCUCAUCCCGCCCACCGUCAAAGCUGACUCAGCCGAUGCAUGCACUGCCAAGAUGGACGGUACGGAUGAGUUGCAGGAGUUGGAUGGAUGGCAACACACACCAGAUGCAGAGUUUGAGGAGUAUUUAAAAUCCGUUGCUGCAGCGGGUUUCAAGCUCAAUGAUUGCUCGCUGUUCUCGGCACACCAGACUGGCAGCUGCCCCAUGGGUGUUUCCCCCAAGAGCUCGGUUGUGGACGAAAAUGGGGAGAGUUGGGAAGCCUCUGGGUUGUUUUUGGGUGAUGGAAGUGUGUUUCCAACCCCUGUGGGGGUAAAUCCCAUGGUGUCAAUUGAGUCAGUGGCGUUUAUGAUCGGGAAAAGGCUCUCUGGGAGAUUUAGGGAUGGGGAUUUCAACGGGUGA